CAGAGCGGGUUAAUGUCCGCUCUGAGUUCAGGCAGAGCGCAACAUCUCCGCUGCUGACUCCACUCAGUCUGCUCACACUCCAAAUAUCUCCGGGGUCUCCUCACCUCUACACCAACUCUCUUCGGGCUCUUCCUCUGCACUUUCCCCGUCUCUCUCUCUCUCUCUCUCUCUCUCUCUCUCUCUCUCUCUCUCUCUCUCUCCCUCCAUGGACUCUCCGCGGUGUCUCUAGGCGCGCGCCACCAGUCGCCCCUCGCUGCUCUUUGCGCACGGACACUUCUCCACCUUCCCACUUGUAUCCGCUGCGCUCUGCGUAUCAUUCCACCCCCAGAAGACUCCAGAGCGCCAGCCACCACCUCGGUCUGCUGCUACUUUCUCUUUUAAGGUUGAGUUAUUAGUUUGGACGCUGAGCUCGGACCGAAGAACUAUGUGAUUGUGGCUCGUGGGGAUUUAGUGUCGUGACAUGCUUCCAAGACCCGGCGUCUCCACAAGGAAAUGGGACUCUCUGCAUUUAUGGUUACAUGAAUGUCAGCGCUGCAGGCCAGAUGCCGGUGAUGGAGGAGCUUGUCAGUGAGAGCGACAGCAUGCCAAAGCGGAUAGCUCUGAUCUGCUUCCUGUCUCUGGUCAUGCUGAUGAGCAUCCUGGGAAACCUGCUGGUCAUGGUGGCCGUCUGCAAGGACAGACAACUCAGGAAAAUUAAGACCAACUACUUCAUCGUGUCUCUGGCGUUUGCCGACCUGCUGGUGUCGGUGCUGGUAAUGCCGUUUGGGGCCAUCGAACUGGUGCACCAGCACUGGAUCUACGGCGAGACCUUCUGCCUGGUCCGGACGUCGCUGGAUGUCCUGCUGACCACCGCGUCCAUCCUGCACCUGUGCUGCAUCGCCCUGGACAGGUACUAUGCUAUCUGCUGCCAGCCUCUGGUCUACCAGAACAAAAUGACGCCUAUGCGAGUGGCUCUGAUGAUUGGCGGCUGCUGGGUUAUUCCCACCUUCAUCUCCUUCCUGCCCAUCAUGCAGGGCUGGAACAGCAUCGGCAUCGACCACCUGAUUGAGCAGAGGCGCCACAGCGAGGGCAGCAACUCCACGUCCUGCGUCUUCAUGGUGAACAAGCCGUACGCCCUCACCUGCUCUGUGGUGGCCUUCUACAUCCCUCUGGUCCUCAUGGUGCUGGCCUACCAGAGGAUCUACAUCACGGCGCGAGCACACGCGCUGCAGAUCAGCAUGCUGCAGCGGGCUGGAGGAGCCGCUGCCAGCACGGACUCUGCCGACCAUCAACGCAACCACCGCAUGCGAACAGAGACCAAGGCAGCAAAGACUCUGUGCAUCAUUAUGGGGUGUUUCUGCCUCUGCUGGGCGCCAUUCUUUGUCACAAACGUGGUGGACCCCUUUAUAGACUACACAGUGCCAGACAAGCUGUGGGCGGCCUGCUUAUGGCUGGGUUACAUCAACUCCAUGCUGAACCCCAUCCUCUACGCCUUCCUCAACAAGUCCUUCCGCCGUGCCUUCCUCAUCAUCCUGUGCUGCGGGAGGAAGAGGUACCGCAGGUCGUCCAUACUGGGGUCCGGCGCUCCCUGCACAGACGCACAGAUCAAUGGCUCCACACAUGUACUCAAGUAUUCUGUCCUUUCGAACGGCAACCACACGGAGCAGAAGAAAAAGUCUCUGCACACCGCCACAGAGUACCACGAGUCCUGCUUGUGACCAACGACGACUCCUCAGUCACAUCUCCAACGACCUCGGCUCGAACACCGUCACCACAGAGACGCUGGAGACGCACACUGUCACAAAUUCAACGCAGAUGACACAAACUCAGCAGAUCUCCAAGAAAAAUAAUACAUAAAUAAAACAGAGCCCCAAUGGGACUUUAGGGAUCUACGCGAGGAAUGUGACAUUGCGAAGGGUGCAUUUGGUUUUAAAGUUCAGCUGAAACUAGUGGACUGGAACAAACCCAGUACUCAGUCAUGCUGGUUCUCCCAUCCGCUGGCCCUCAGAGACUGAGCUGUCCCAGUUGAACUGAAUCAGAGCCAGAUUGCGACAGCGAUCCAAUCAGCAGGCCCGCUGGUAGCUAGCUGUGAAGUCCAGCUUGUCAUGUGGAGAACCGGCAGCUUCGGUGGAAUGUGUAGGAGAAUUUCACAGCACGAUAUGUGAUUAAUGACUGACUGGGAGUCGUGGAAGUGAAAUAUUGUUGCCAAAGCUAUUUGAUAUUACAUACAAAGGACAUUAUUGUGAUUAUUAUAAGAUGCUCCCUGUUGUUUUCCAGCACAAAAUCAGAAAGAUUGGCGGUAGAGACUAAUAAGCUUUCGAAACAAGUGUUUUUCAUGAAAAGAGGCAGCGUUUAGAACAUUUCCUUUGCUAAACAUCACGUGUUUGAGCCUUGACACAAAACUAAAGAACCUUAAUGUCUCCCAGGUCAAAGUUUUUCAGCUUUUCUAAAUCCUCACUAAGCUCAAAGGAACAUGUGUUUGCAAGGCUGCGUUAAAUCCCUGACCUGAACUGUCAAAGUGCAUUAUUAUAGAGGCUGCUAGCUCACACGCCGUGUUCAUCACUCCUUAAGGCCCCGUCUGAAUCAUUGUUUUUCUCGCAAUAAGAAGUUAAAGAAUCACGACGCAUAAAAGCUGCUCAUGAAUGAUUCAGGCGUUGUGAUGAUGUUGGAGCAAUACGUGCAUUGUUAUGAUGUGUGUGUGUGUGUGUGAUUACAUUUGCAGUUUCCUGCAGUCUGUGUGCGUAUGUAUGUGUUUCCAUGCUGAUAAUGUAUGUUUUCAUACAAGCGUGCUUCUGAGUGUGUAUGAACAGUACGUGUCCACAAAGUUCUGCUCCACCUCGACACGCCAUGAGUCCAUGUUAAAGAAUGUACCAGAAAUGUUUCCAUCUGUUCAUAUUCAUGGAAACGGAGAACACAAAAGCCAACUGUUUUUCCUGUACACAUAAUGAACCUGCUCCUUUAAAAAAAAAAUCUAAGUUAUAGUUCAUUUCCUGCCCUCUUUGAGUCCUCCAGUACUUCGUUCAUCCCGAAGGCUAGUCCCAGAUAGGGUGAAUCUCACCAAAUGAUUAGUCACCAGUUACUCGCCACACAGUUAGUAAUCCUGCUGCCACUUACAUGAAAAACUGAAUAUUGUAGGAGUAUUGUAGGAAUGGAGAAAGGAUCGUGCAUGAGUGGAGGCUGCAUAGUGGCAACCCCUGUUUGCUAACCCUAAUCACUAUUUUUUUAUUAAUUAUGGAUCAAUGACUCUGUUUAAUGUGAAGGGUCACUCCCAGUGACGAACCCAUAGAGAACUAGAAAGGCGCUCGAGAGCGCAGAAAUCUCCACCAAUGCCACAUGCCCUAUCUCCCCUAUUUUUAAAAGAAAAUGAAAAAUUAUUUGUAUCCGCUCCAUGAUUCGGACCCGCUCCAAAAUGUAAUGUGUUCUUCCUUGGCCCGUGCUACACGCUUCCACCAAGUUUCAUGAAGAUUGGAGCCAGUACUCCUAGGUGAAGAUAAUUAGCUCUGAAACGUUUUGUAGCCUGUUUAGCUCAUUAUUUUGUUAUUACAGCACAUUUACUAUUUGGGUGAGUGGCCUCAGUGCUCACAAGCAGCUGUGUUCAGUAAACAUGCUCUAAUAAACAAAAAGUAAAGCUCCUGCCUAGCAGCUAACAGCAAAUAGACGAAGCAUCUUGAUCCUGACCAUUUUCUAAGGAGUUGGUGGAGACCAAACCGGAGCUAAAGACCCUGACCCACCAAGCAGAUGGCCAAGAACUAGUGGCGACGCAGGCCGACUGUGGCGUCGCCUCACUUCGCCUCACGUCGCCUUUGUCUUGGCCAAAAGUUUGCACUUGAACACAGAUACCACGUACGUUUGGUGCCUGCGGGAGAGGAAAUAACUCUCCAUGCCAGCAGGGGGCGGUAAUCGUCAUUAGAAAAGGGAAACCAGAUACAAACAUUGCUAUGAUACCCACAAAUAAACAGCGUUUGCCUGAAUCAGCAACGUUAGCUAACGUUAGUUAGUUAGUUAGCUAACGUCAGCUUGCUACUUCUACCCACCCAACACGCCUUCAUGCUGCACAGAAAAUCAGCCAGACAAAAUUGUCACUCUGGCGAUAGAUGUGCUUUCCUAAGAUGUGACAAAAAGGAGCGAAUGAAACAUGAAGUUAUAUAUGUCGGUAUAUGUCAAUCUUUUAAAAGAAAUUUUUAAGUUGAAAUAAAUACACCUGGACAUCUAGUUAUGUAGCUUGUUGUACAUACUACGUUUGCCAUCUUAUGGACAUAAUGUUCAAAAAUAGAUAUUCCAAUCAUUCAAACCUAUGUGUUUUCUAGAAGGAACAUUCAAACCUAAUUUUUGGCCAGUUUUGACAUCUCCAUGUGUAUUGGAUUGAUCAGAUGGGAUGGAAAGUGAGAAGAGCCUUCUGUGUGUGCUCUCACAGUCCUUUGUUGGCUUUCCUUACUACUGUUUUUCAAGCUGAACAAUAAAUCAGAUGGAUUGGCUAUUAAGCCGACGUCGAGUCGGCCAAAAAAGGUAGACAGGUAGCUGCGGGACACACUGCAAAAACUAGGUCACUCACUGUUGGCACAACUUGGACCAACAGCCAACGUUCUCCAUGGUGCGUCAGGGCCUUAAAAAGAGUUAAUAUUAGACGUACAAUGAUCAAGUGGACCAACAUGACUUCAAUGAUUUGAAAAGAUGGAACUAAUGUGUUUAUAGAUGUUAAGAUGUGAAAGAGAGACCCCAAAUUACCAUUUUCUAGUAGUAUUUUCUAUACCCAACAAAGCAUUGCGACACAAAUUUUCAUGGAUUAUACAUAGGGAUAAACUUGAGGACAGAACAAUCUUUAUGGGUAUCAGAGAAUUCACCAAUUUUCUUAGGGUGUUAAACAAAGCUAAUUGAUUAUCUCAACAAAAAUUGUUAAUUAUUUUAAAGCAUAUAGACAGAUAGUAAAAGUGAACAUUGUGUCUCCCAGAGCCAAGGCAGGCACAGAAACGUUACAUUGUAACCUUGGUUCUCUGAGUGAAGAGACUAUCUCUCCAGCUGUAGGCCGCACGGAGACGGUUCCGAUCAAACUAUCAGUGAGUCCACGCCAGGACAGGUGCUUUAUAUGGCUGGGCAAGCCGCUGUGUCUUAAAGAAGUAUCCACGUACCUGACCUCAGGGGGAUCAUCCCCGUACAUAUGGAAUAUGUAACGGCGGAGAGAUAGUCUCGAUACGAUAGAGAACAGAAGUGAACAUUCUAAAGAAGAGUUGCAUAGUGUAGGAACAAAGGCAGCCCUCUCAUAGCAGUUAAUCAGAUGAUAACACCGUUGAGCACUGAUCCACUGGCACAAAGAAAAGCCAAAAAGCUCUUGACUAGAAACACUGGGUGGGAGAGGUAAUUACAAAUCCCUGCUGAGACGAGCCAAUUGAGCUUGACUUAGCAAGUCAGAGUUCAGAGGAAAUAUCCAAUCUGAAACUCAAAAAUGACACCAGCUCUCAUGUUACUCCAGAUACAUAAAGAUGAGCCUCAGACAUCACAGAUCCGAGAGAGAGUGAGAGGAGGGCCAGCUGCUUCAGUCAAGCCAUCAGACAUGCUGUAUAGUUCAGUUCACCUCACUUCUUUACCAUCAUGUUACAACAUUGCACAUUGCAGAUGCACAUUUUUAGCCAUAAGAUGCAAUUUUAUAAGACCACAGAGUCAGCAUUAAGGACA